CCGGCCCGACCCGACCCGGCCGACCCAGUUUGAAACUACGACUCCCACUCGCCAAAGCAAAGAAACCUGCUGCUUCAGGAGCUUGUGGCCGAAAACAAUGGCGGCUUCGAAAAUGGCGCUGGCUUCUCUGGCACUUCACAUUCGGCCGUUAACUUGCAUGGCCGCGUCUCAGCCGUCGCGGUUGGCUCCACACCCGCCGGACCUCAUACUGUGGGUCAAGAGGGAAGGCGGCUUCGUCCACCACUCCCUCAAGCUCUCUGACGAUGGCUCCUCUGGUCUCGGCCUCGUCUCCUCCGAGAAAAUCCCUCAAGGAUCCGAUCUUAUCUCUCUUCCUCCUCACGUCCCGUUGAGAUUCGAAUCCGAAUCAGACGACGACGCUGCUUCUUUCGCCGUCCUGGCCGAUUUGGCCCGCCGUAUCCCCGAUGAAUUGUGGGCAAUGAAGUUGGGGAUGAGGCUUUUGCAGGAGAGAGCAAAGAUCGAUUCUUUCUGGUGGCCGUACAUUAGCAACCUCCCCGAAACUUAUACAGUUCCCAUAUUCUUUCCCGGGGAAGAUAUAAAGAACUUGCAAUAUGCUCCCCUUCUUUACCAGGUUAAUAGAAGAUGCCGUUUUCUUCUUGAGUUCGAGCAAGAGAUCAGACGAACUCUUGAAGGUAUUAAGCCAAGUGAUCAUCCUUUCAGGGGCCAAGAUGUAGAUGCAUCCUCGCUCGGGUGGGCCAUGUCAGCAGUUUCGUCUAGAGCAUUUCGUCUGCACGGUAAAAAGCUUCUAGAUGGAUCUUCUAACGAUGUCCCUAUGAUGCUUCCUCUGAUAGAUAUGUGUAAUCAUAGCUUCAAACCGAAUGCCCGAAUCAUUCAAGAACAGAGUGAAGAGAACACGAAUACUCUAGUUAAGGUCAUUGCUGAAACAGAUAUCAAAGAGAAUGACCCAUUGAUGCUGAAUUAUGGUUGCCUUGGCAACGAUUUCUUCCUAUUGGACUAUGGAUUCGUGAUUGAAUCAAAUCCAUAUGACACCGUUGAGCUCAAGUAUGAUGAAGCUCUUAUGGAUGCUGCAAGCAUGGCAGCCGGUGUUUCUUCCCCAAAUUUCUCUUCACCAUCUCCAUGGCAAAGUCAAUUCCUUUCCCGAUUAAAUUUAGCUGGGGAAGCCUCAAAUCUCAAGGUAGCGAUAGGAGGUCCAGAACUGGUAGAAGGACGGCUCUUGGCUGCAUUAAGAAUAUUGCUUUGCUGCGAAAUGGAGGCAGUAGAGAAGCAUGAUAUAAACAAGCUGAAAUCUUUGUCGGUUGAAGCUCCUCUAGGAAUAGCAAACGAGCUGGCCGUAUUUCGCACUGUCAUUGCUCUUUGCAUGAUUGCUUUGGGGCAUUUCCCGACGAAGAUAAUGGAGGACGAGGCUGUCCUGAAACAAGGUGUAUCAGCCACCACGGAAUUGGCUGCUCGGUACAGAAUCCAGAAGAAAUCUGUGAUCAUAGAUGUUAUGAGAGAUCUCUCGAGAAGGGUUAAGUCAUUAUCAUCCAAGGAGACGAGUCAAGCUGCAUCAUAGGGAUCGGUCCACCAAGCAUGCAAGUUGUUUUGACUGUUGUUCCUGUUAGAUCUUAGCCCCAUAAUUUUGCUUAUGCAAGUCAAAUCACUGCCUUGAAACUUAAUUCUGAUCUGAGAUCAUAAGAAAUUUCUGGGUAAUGUUGCUUGAGAUAGAAAAGCAAAAAGAUUUGUUCCUUUUGUUUGUCAGGGUUAUGAAACAGGGGAAGACUCAUAUGUAUUAAACCCAAAACCAUGAAUAUAUACAUUGGCAGAUAGAGAAAAGCCCUGAAACUAAA